AGAUGCUUUAUAUACAGACUACGCCGCACGCAUUGAAGGUCUUUCUAGAAAGUGCAAGGCAGGAGCAUUGGUCUCUCGUUCUCCGAUCUACUUCUCUGCUUCCGUCGUUUCCUUCCUUCUCUAAUCUCUCACAGACUUUACCGUUGUAACACAGAAAGCCUGUAUUUUUUCAUUUUGUCCGUGAGAAAAGAUAGGAGGCAGAUCUUAGAUUCCUCAUCUUUCGCAGAAAAGAUGUACUUCUGGUCAUCAUCAUACCAUAAUGCAGGUCUUGAGCUGGUUUUUAUAUCUAAAUGGACUGCAAAAAGUUCAUCCAGUUGGUUGAGGAGAAAAAGAAGAGAGCUUUGGAGAAGAAGGAAGCCCCAUUGAAAUGGGAGCAGAAGUUAGAAGCCGCUGCAAAAGCAAAAGCUGAUGCAGAAGCCAAAGAUAAGAAAUCAAGGGCUUUAAAGCACAAAAGGCAUUCUGUGUCAGAGUCUGAUACUGAGAGUGACAUCAAUGAUGGGGGAAGAAAGAGCAGGAGACCUCACAAAAAACAUAGAAGGCAUACACACUCAGAUUCAGGUGACAAUGAAAAGAGGAAGGAUAAGAGAAGUAGGCGAAAACCGAAGAGACGAUCUUUGGACUCAAGUGAUGAUGGCAGCGGCGAAUUUUUGAGUGGCUCUGAAGAAGAUAGGAGGAAGAAGAGAAGCCACAGAAGACACAAGCAUCAGUAUGAUUCAGAUUCUAGUGCUUCUGAUUUUUCAAGUGAUGGUAGGAAUGAUGAGAUGUCCAGGAGCAGAAGACGUGCAAAACAGCACAAGCGCCAUCGGCGGUCACAAUCUUUUGAUGCAGAUUCAUCGAGUGAGAAAGAAGACGGUGCAAUACGAAGAAGCCAUGGGAAGCACCACAAACGCCAUCGUCGGUCUAAUUCUAUUGAUGCAGAUUCAUCGAGUGAGAAAGAAGAUGGUGAAAUACGAAGAAUCGAUGGGAGGCACAACAAACGUCAUCGUCGUUCACAAUCUAGUGAUUCAGAUUUAUCAGGAUCAGAUGAUAAUGGUACUCCCGGAAGGAAACGCCAUGCAAAGCACCAUAAACGUCACCAUAGGUCGCAUAGCGUGGACUCAAGUUCAUCAGAUUCUGAUGGAUCCAGACAUGAUCAAAGGAGGCAGUCUUUAGGAAAGUCAUUGGAUAACAACAAUGAAGAAUCAUUUAAAAGAUCAAAGCACAAGAAAUCUAGCCAUAAUCAGCACCAUCAUCACAAGCACUGGCACCAUCACUUGGCCGAGGAUGAUCACCCACACUCUCCUUCAGAGGCAAAAUAUCAUCCACCCCUGCAUUCAGGAGACUGCAAUGGAAUGGUUGGCGUUAUGGAUAAGAUUGCAACUGAACAGAAUUGAUGCUCAAGCUUCCAAAGAUGUUAGAAACUUUUCUUGUUCAAUUCAUUUUACUGAUUAUUCUCAUGUUUCUCUCAUGUUUACCAGUGGGUGACUAGAAUUCAUUGCAAGCCUGUUAUUUGCACUGGAUUAUGUGGAGGAUUGCUAAUGCGAUUUGUACUUCUGAUUAAUAAGAUUUUUCUCAGCUACUUGAAGACAUUUGACCCGCAUAUCAACAGGUUUUCUAUUUGGUAA